GUUUACCAUGGUGUUACAUCGUUUUAACAUUUUAGGGACAUGGAUAAGCUUCCAGUGGGUUUUAUGUUAAUGGGCCUAACAAUCUUGUACAUUCUCGGAUUUCGAUUUUAGCUCGUACAGUAUUUUGGAAAGCUUCCUGUUGGUUCGUUUUACACAAAGAAGUAUUAAACUUAAGGGGGCAUUAGUGUGAAUUUUGCUAUAGUUUAGCAUGCCUCAUUCUUGUAUAUAUAAUUCAAUAUAUGCUGACUUUCAGUCACACAGUGUGUCUGGUUAGACUGCAACUUCAUAAUUUUUUUUCCUUUUGUGAAGUGAACUUUGAAUUAAUCUCUGCCGUUUUUAGUAUAAUGAUAGAUGGCAGCCCUUCUGAGGGAACAGCCCAUUGCCGUCUAACUUUGUUUUCUCUGUGGGGGAAUGCGCACAUUUCUCUAACACGGCGCCAAAUUAAAGUGCGAGACGCGUGUCGACAAUGAAAAUUCAUUGCGAGUGUCGCUGGGUGUUCCUCUGUCCAGCACCUGCCUCUGGCUUCCCCCUCCUUUCUCACUGGCUUCAGACCAUCGUGGGGCCGGCCCCAUGUGGGCGGCCAGUGCGCAGCCUGCCACGGCUCUCGCGUGUCAUCAUAAAUACUUCUGUGCGUAGGAAAUAGCACGUUACCCACCGCGAGGCCGAGGCACAAAGGCGCUUGUGUCAGGAAUGCCGUCCCAUGAGAAUAAGGAGAGGGCGGGAGACAAUGAGAGAGAGGGGAAGAGGAAAAACCAGCUGCGCGGGUUUGCGUUCCUCUGAAGAUGCAUCAUGCAGCACUGACAAAAGGUCUCCGAGAAACAAUUCUGAAAGCAGUCUCCAAAAAAAAUAUAUCAUUAAUAAUGAAGUAAGGGGGAAGGAUGGAGUACAAACUACCGUGGCUUUCUGUUUGGCUUUGAGAAACUUGUCUACUGGCUGCUGUGGGAUGGAAUCUAUUGUCUUUUGAAGAGCAGCGCUACAGGUGUUUCUGUAAGAUGACACUUUCCUGCACAUGGAUCAUAGAAAGACUAGCCAGCUUUCUACCCUUUCGAAGUAAGCUUUUCAUGGUUAUUACGUUUUAUACUUAAAAAUGACAUCUAAGCUUGUUGAUAAGGUCUGUUUUUCAAGUUAAUUGUGCUCCUCUGAUGUUUCGGUCAUGUGAUCUCAGUAUUUGUUUUGACCCCCCUGUCGUGGUGAUCUCUUCAUGGUGUGCUUUAUGCAUUAAAUGUACACAUAUGCCUGGUGCAGGGCAAUCGCAAAUCACCCGUUACUGACGAUAACCAAAAAGCCGUGUAAUAGAUUAAAAAAAAAAAAGACAAAAAAGAUGUGAUCAGACAUUGAAAUGCUUUUAUCUUUUUUUUUUUGUUGCUAUAAAUGUAUCAUUUGGAUCAAAAUGUAUGCUGUCACAGGCCCAAUAUUUAUGGUCUGUGGAAAUUGAAUGAAAUGCUUGUUAAAUAGCAUUAAUGGUGCAUUUGUUUUGCUGCGGAGAGAACAGUGCACGUUUGACUCGCUGCAGUCGUGUGUGGCGUGGCACGGGACUUCGGUUUCAGCACAACUGCGGCGCCUUUUCUGGAUUGCCGUCCUUCCAGUUAACCGCAUACCGCGAUGCACAUGAAGCACCAGGUCGCCAUGUUUAUUAUUAUUAUUAUGGUCUUGUGUGAUUCAGUGUCAUGUCUCUCAUUUUUGGUCUGUAUUUUUUAACAUUGUGUGUUUUUUUGCAUGCAUGGAUACAUACAGUAUGUAUUCCACAUUUAUAUGUACAUCUCAAUGAACUGCUUUUCAGGUGGGAUCUUUUAUUUUCAUGUGAAUAUACUACAUAUUAUGUGGAGGGAAAAAAAAGGGAUGGACAAACAAGCCCUGUACUUAUGUUCCCAGAUUCUAGAAAGAUCGUGGAGAUUUGUAAUGGAAUAUUCUCUUCAGCCCUAAAAUUUCUCUUCCCCCACCCUUCACGCUUCCUCCUGCACACACACUCUUCCCAAUCUUCCUCCCUCUCAUUUAGAUCACUUGGACUAAGUGGCUUUUUUCCUAUAAAAGUUUUGGCUGCAGUACUGCAUACUAACUAGGUUUAGCAAUUUCUAACAGGGUCACUUGAAUGUCCUGGCCAUACUUGCUACAGCAUUCCUGUGUCAAGGAGAAGCUCUAAAGAAGAGAACUGUUUUACAGGGUACAGUACAACCGGCGAGCUCAUGACUAAAAUGGAAACGUAACCCGAAAGAGGACCCAGGAAAUGCAACGACGACAGCUGGCACCCAGAGGAACCACGGCCGCGGCAAUGCAGCAUCUGCGAGGUUAGCGGAGCGCAGUGGCGACCGCCCACCCGAAAACGAAAGGAGGAAAAAGUUGAGCUGUGUUGAGAAAAGCAACUUCCUCAAAAAAUAAAAUAAAUGUAAAGACUUCCCUGUGAGGGUUAGGGUUACCUAACACAAGUAGAUGCGUUUUUCACUGGGCUGCGACAGAUCCCACCAAGAAGAAGGAAAACAUGCGUCUUGUUUCCAUGGACUUCUCUCCAGAGGGUGCUGAUCUCGACAGCUGUAGUUCUGACAGCCAGCUGUCUGGACACGAUGUGAGGGGAUGAAUGGGGAGCGGCCGUCCUCACACAUGGAAUAAAGCAAGCCUGGUUAUGAUCGCACAAAUGUGAAUAAAGGGCACAGCUUUUGUGUGGAAAAAGACAGUGAAUUACAGUGCUGCUCUUGUUCUCCCAUCAAACUUGGUUGUCAUUCUGAACUCAUCCCCAGUCAACGCAAGAUUUUAAAAAAGAAUGGAACUAUCUGAAGAUCCAUUGCCUAAAUGCAGCGCACUUCCCGGUGCUUUGUCUAAGCCAGGUUCAGCAGACAUUAAAGCUGAAUGCAAAGCCCCGGGCUUGGAAUCCACCACAAACACUCUACCUCCAGCAGUGCCACAAGGUCACAACCGUCGUUUCAUAAUCCGCUCCGCCACUGAGCUCGCUCCAUCCAAAGAAAAAAAUAGGCCUCAGAGGGACCUUGGUAGACUUCGGAGUGUCUAUGAGGGGAACGUCAACAACUUACUGCCUGAAGAAAGCGGGAGCAAGCAGACAGACAGACAACCAGGAAAUGACAUCCGCCGGCUUUCAACAACCAUCACCGGGGAUGAUACAGAAGACCAGACCAGAACUUCAUCUGAUCUGGAGUCUAAUCAGCUCAAGGCCCAGAACUGGGAGAAAUAUACAAAAGACCUGAAAGACAAAGUAAGACUGAAUACGCAAGGGAGUCAAGAGGUAGGAAAACCUGAAAGAUGUUAUGGUGAAGAUUAUAUGAAACCAGGCAUGUUGAGAGGGAGGGCGGAGCCAAGUAGGAGCAGGAGCGUGGACCUGGGUGGGGAGUCAAGUAAUAAUGAAGGGAAAGCUGGGGAGCAAACCUUCUGGAAAAACAACAACAUGCGGAGGGCAGAGAGUUUAGACAGGGAAAGACCAUCCAACACAAAGGAUCUUGGUGUGCUACCCAGGACUGAUUCGUACCAGUCAGUCGUAAAAACAGAGGGAAAAAAGCCCUUGGGAGGCUCACCAGUAACAGGCAGUACUCAUGGACUUCUGUAUUCAAAAAUGGGUAACGACUGUCAGUCACUGCCAUCUCGGAGAAAACUGAAUCGGAGUGAUUCUGGGGAGGGAAGAAAUUUGGGGGAUCCUAGUCAGGAUGGUCCUUACCUGAGCAAGCUACAGUUCAAUCCUGUCUCUGGACCUGUUGACUCUGAAACUAACAGCAGGAAAGUAGAAGAGGUAUCUGCAAACCAGUCUAUUCGUAAUCGGAUUGAGAAAUUGUUUGGGUCAAGUAGCAUGGGUAUGGCUACAAAAUACCACCAGGAACCUUUGGGGGAUUACACGCAGCAUACUAAGCAGGGCCUUGAAGACCACAAUAAUCUUAGGCCUUCUUUGUCUAAUACCCAUUGGAAAGGUAUUCCAUACAAAGGCCCCAAGGGUGGCACAUUCCCCAGGAUUCAUUCUGUAGAGGAGCAACUUGCAAGUGGUCAUGGAAACUUGUGCACUGACAAAAAAAGUGUGUGCAAUUUGAAUCAAGAGAUGCCUUCAGUAUGCUCUGCUGCAGGUGACCAAAUGUCAUUAACAGAAAUCACAGGUAGUGACUGCAAACACCAAUCUAGUUCAUUUGACCGACCUCAGAAGAAUCCUUCUGAUCUAAUUCAACCCAGAUUAUUUAGGCCUCACCCUGGAAAUAUGUUACUGUCUGGAAAGAAUCCUCCACUGCAGAGACAAACCAGGCUUGUAACGGACAAGGGGGAAAGAUGGAGAGAGUUUGAAAUGGAGAAGGAUAGGAUGCAGGAAGAGCAUGAAAUAGGUAGAUCAAACAAGAAGAAAGAGGUUGAUGUGAUGCGAGACCAAGUACAUAAUGCUGACCAACAAAAAGUGGCAGAGGGAAAUUCAGCAGGUAAACUGGUAAAGGAAAGUGGGGAAGACAACAACACGCAAUCAAAAUCACCGAGAGUCGGGUCCGUUGUCCAGAGAAGUCCUACAGUGAAAACCUGCACAACAACGGACUGGCCUCUGCAGCCAUCACAACAGUCAGCAUCACAAGAGGCAGUCUCAGCUCCAAGAAGAUUGACUAAAGAAGCAAAGAAAGACACUCUUGAUAAUCCAUGUGGCAAAAUAAAGGAUCAGAAGGUUAAACCAGAUCCUGUAAAAUUUAGGGUCGACUUUCCAGAUAGUGUACGCAAUAAAAUCCGCAGGUUUGAAACUCUUGCCCAAAACAGCCAGCCAUCCCCACUGCCCUUAUCACGGUCUGAGAGAGCCUUCUCUGUACAGGACCCGCCCAGAGAAUUAUGGGGAGGAUGGGCAAAGAAGGGUGUACCAAACAAAGUUUUGGCUGGGAAGGGAGAUUGUGGGCUUCAAGUUUUCAAUGACAACCUUUGGUCUAAGGGAGAAGGGAAAAGUAAUAUAGAGGUAGAUGGUAGGCCAAGUGGCUAUGUAAUAAGAUCUAUUUCAAUAGAUGAGGCGGGGCACAGGAGAUGUGACAGGAGAAUGGUUUGCAGAAAUAAAUGUGAUGGCUCUAAGGCUGGAGCUGGAUUACACGGGGCUUCAGUUGAGCCACAUUCCUCAAAGGUUAGUCACACAGACACCAAAGGGGAAGUAAAAUCACAAGAAGAAAUCUCUCAACACCUCAAUGCAAAACAACUUAAUGCUCUUCAGAAAACUGACGGGAACAACAAAAACGAUAUUAGUGGUCAGAAUGUUUACGAUUCAAUGAAUGCAUCAAGUGUAGAAUGCAAGGCACCCAAUUUCCCAAAGAGGUCGCCUCUUAUUCAUGUCAGCAAUAUAACUUCCAGCUGCCCAAAUCAGGUUUGUAUUUCAAAGAUGGAAUCCCCAGCUUCAGUGAAUAUCCUUAAAAACAUCAGAAGCACGCCUUCACCUUCUCCACCCAACCUACCUACAAGUGUCCCUACUCCACCUGCCUCAAAGCCUCAGUCAUCCAAUAUCAUCUCCUCCAAUGACUUCCUACUUCACACCGGGAAGACCCCCCUGGAAAAAGACAGUGCAUGUUCUAGUGUCCACCAGGCCAGGUGGAGUUCAGACGAAGAAGAGUCUGACAAAGAUGACGACAGCGGCACAGAGAAAGAAGAGAACUCCGUUUAUGAUUCGGACUCUGCGGAAUCGUCAGUGACCAUCACUAGCAAUAUGAGCCAGACUGAUCACAGGAGCUUUUCAAUCACUCUAGCUGAUCUGUGUCAUGUUGGGGGCGUGGACUAUGUAUACCAUGAUGAUGGCAGCCUGGAACCAGACUCCUUGGACUACACGUCACAUCGGACAGCUUCUCUAAGUUCAGAUGCUUCUGCCCUCUCGUGUGUGUCAAUACUUAGUGCUGAUGAGCUGGAUCGCCUGCUCAGUGAUGUCAGGAGCCUGGGCGAUGAAACGUUGCAGAACUAUGAAGAUGUGCAGGUUGUCGUUCUGCACAAAGAGGUGGGGUCUGGGCUGGGCUUCACAUUAGCUGGUGGUGUUGAUCAAAACAAGCCCAUUACGGUCCACAAGGUGUUCUCUGGCAGUGCUGCAUCCCAGGAGGGUUCAGUUUGCGAGGGUGACCGGGUCUUGUCAAUCAACGGCACUAAACUGCAGAACUCCACCCACUGGGAGGCACUGCGCACCCUCAGGAGGGCUCGGUCGAGAGGCAUGGCAGUUGUGGUGCUUCAGAAAGACAGCUUCACAAAGCCACAAAAGGCCCAGAACAAUCUGAGUCAACGGCAGCUAGACCCGGUCACCGUGAAUACAGGAGGCAGGACACUGACAGUGGUGUUGAAUAAAAGCAGCACAGACCUAGGCUUCAGUCUAGAGGGGGGACUGGGCUCCAGCCAGGGCGACGGGCCAAUUGUCAUCAAGAAGGUCUUCCAGGGUGGCCCAGUGAAUGAGGUGCUGCCAGGGGAUGAGCUGUUGGAAAUCAAUGGCCACAGCCUGCUGGGUUUACAUAGACUGGAGGCCUGGAACUUGAUUAAGAAGCUGUCCCCUGGUCCCGUGGAAGUGUUGCUGAAUCGUCCUCUUUAAUAUAUGCCCAAUGACAUUGGGACAGCACAGCAACUGGUAUGGAUUUCCCAACCCAAGCUCUAGAGUUGUCAGAAAGAGAUAAAACGUCUUUGUGUGUCAGGCAGAAACAAGAACCUGGAAGAGAAUGAAGACAGAAGCAUCAUGCAGAACGACGAGCAGUAGUGGCUUAAUGGUUAGGGAAGUGCACUUGUAAUCAAAAGAUUGCAGGUUUGAAUUCCCGCCCAGCGAAGCACCACUGAGGUACCCUGAGCAAGGUACCGCCCCCCCAAGCACUGCUCUCUGGGCGCUGAAUUAGCUGCCCCCAGCUAUGUCACAUAUGGGUUAAAUGCAGAGGACGCAUUUUGUUGUUGUGUGCUGUGGUGUGUCAACAAUGACAAUUAUUCAUUAAUUCUAAAACAUUCAAGCACUUAUACGAUAAGUUCAAAAAAAGUGUGUGGUCUUGAUAUAUAACAAUAUAUCUUAACUGUAAGAAAAGUAUGCAGAUUAUGGGAUUUGCUUUUUGACCUUAAAAAAUUAACUGCAUAUAUGCUGCAUAUCUAUAAAACUGCAUUUCAAAAACUCCUUUUUAUAACAUCUGUAAAUUACCUUAUUCCAUAAAGGGUUGCAAAUAUUGUUUGUAAAUAAAUGACACCUGAUGUUAACUGUAUUUAAAGUCUGUAAAGAUGUAUUGUUAUUGUUGCACAGAAGCUGCACUGCAGUACUGAAGCUCUAAUUGCAAUCUUUCCUUGACAAAUUGACUCAAACCUGUAGUAUAUAAACUUUACAUAACUUAAGUCUUUGCUAUGUGGUAUAGUCAGCCUUUUAUUUCAGUUGAAUUGUCUAGCCAAGAAAUAUGUACAUAGUUAUGUAAUAUAUUAUGCAUCAUGUUCCCUUUUAUUUGGCAGUGUGGCAUUCUGCGACUUCAGAACUACAAUACCCAUAAUGCAGUGCUUUCCUUUUACCGGUAAAUACAAAGUUUAAUAUAAACGCUAUUUUAAUAAAAGCCAAUUACUUAUA